AUGUCUACUUCAUCACAAUUAUUUGAUGAGACAAUUGCAUCGUCUUAUGUGAACCUUAUUGAUGAACGUCUUGGUGCUCAAAUACUUUCUGUUUCUGACGAGUUUUUUGCUCCAGCAGUUCGUAUGCUUGAUCCUAAACCAGCUGUUUUUCAUCCGGGAAAAUUUGAUGAUCAUGGCCAAUAUAUGGAAGGAUGGGAAAGUCGUCGAAAACGUGUAGCUGGUUAUGAUUGGUGUAUUGUACAAUUAGGUUUAGCAGGAAAAAUUGUUGGUGUUGAUAUUGAUACAAGUCAUUUCACAGGCAAUUAUCCAGUAGCAGCAUCUAUUGAUGCAUGUUGCGUUAAUAAAGGAGAAAAACCAGAUAAUUGGCAAGAAAUUUUACAUGCAGUUACGUUGGGUCCAAAUGCUCAUCAUUUUCAUGCAAUAACAGUUGAGGAUCAUUGGACACAUAUUCGUUUAAAUAUUUAUCCAGAUGGUGGUAUUGCUCGACUUCGUGCGUAUGGUAUUGUUCAACCAUCAGAAGAUAGAUUCAAGGAAGAAGUUGAUUUAUUAGCUCUUGAAAAUGGUGGUCGUGCCAUAGCAGCAAAUGAUGAACAUUAUGGUAAUCCAUGGACUUUAUUACAUCCUGGUCGUGGUAUUAACAUGGAUGAUGGAUGGCAAACUCGACGACGACGUUUACCUGGUAAUGAUUGGUGCUUACUUGCUUUAGGUAAACGUGGUAGAAUAUCUCGUAUUGUACUUGAUACAGCUCAUUUUAAAGGUAAUUUCCCUGAUACAUGUAUAAUUCAAGCAGCUGAUGUUACUAUAAAUAAUAAUAAAUCAUUAGUGACUCAAUCCAUGUUUUGGCAAACAUUAUUAUCUGAACAGAAAUUAACAAUGGAUGCUAUUCAUACAUAUGAUAAAGAGCAAAUCAAUGAUCUUGGUCCAAUUACUCAUGUACGAAUUAAUAUUAUUCCUGACGGUGGUCUUUCUCGAGUACGUCUCUUUGGUCGUGUUGAAUAA